AUGGACGAUAAACUUCAUGGUUCAGUUUCAAAGGCAAGUUCGAUGGACAUAUUACCGCUGCUUCAGAUUGCACACCUUCUACGUCUGCACACUACAACCCCUCGCCGGCACGUACUCCCUCCGCAACACCAACCUUCAUCAUCUCCGCCGAUCCAUCAUUAUCACCACCAUACUCCCUUCGAUCUUCUCAACGACAACGAUUCUGAACACGAACAACAGGGAGGUGAGUCUGCCGAUGAAACACCGAGAAAAAGAAGAACAAGAAGAAGGAAAAGUGAUAAAGCAAUGGCUGGUCCGCAAUCAGUUACGAGGGAGGUUUCCGGCAACAAAGCAAUUUCCAACAUCGUCCUCGUCAUUGCUAUGCAGACAGAGGCUCAACCUGUUGUCAAUAAAUUUCACCUCAUCCAAGAUCCUCACUCUCCGUUUCCACAAGGCACGGAUGGUGGCUUCAAGGACAGAGGAGCUACUGUUGGUGAUGUUUUCAUUAUAUCUGACUGUGCUUUCCAUGACAGAAGAAUACAUAUUCCUGUUUUUGAUCUGUAUGGAGUUGGUUCACAUAAAGCCUUCGAAACACCCAACCUUGUAAAGGAACUUAAUCUAAAGGUUGGUAAGUUGUCUAUUGGUGACUCUUUAGAUAUGUUCACUCGCCGUCCUAUUCCCAUUAUCAGAAAUCGUUUGAAGCUGCCAAAGAAAUUAACGACAUAA